CCAGGGGUAGGAAACCUUGUUCCAGGAGUGCCGGAGGUACUGCAGGAUUUAGUACAAACUAGGCACCACACUGUAUGUGUUUGAGUAUGUGAAGGGAAAGGGGAUACCUUGUCAGUUGCACAACUGAAUGCAUACAACCGAAAUGUAUCUUCCACAUUUUAACCCAACCCUUCUGAAUCAGAGAUGUGCAGGGGGCUACCUUAAUCGACGUCAUCGGCAGCCGGGGAGAAUGGAAGAGUUUUUCACCUUGCCAGCUAUUGGAUUCAAACCAGCAACUUUUUGAUUACUGGACCAACGCUCUUAACCGCUUGACUACGCGUGUCUGUGUGUCUGUGUGUGUGUGUGCGCGCUGUGUAAUGGUGUUUGUGGUUUGAUGGGUACUUGUGACUGCAUGUGCCUAUUCCUAGUAAGAGAGGAGGGACUGUGAAAGUAACCUCAAGAGCAGUGGUAUAACAAGGCUCUCUGAUAGCUGAUCUCCAAUACAUUUUGCCAUUGGACCAAUAUAUGUUGACAUCAUGGCAAGACACAAGAUCCUAACCUUUGCUGUGAUGUAUUUCUUCCAGGCUUGGACUUUGGGUGUGGACUCCAAGAUGGUUCAUCUCCGUCAGCCUGGUCUCAGUUCCUCCAUACCCUUAGACAUGGUCCCUAACUCUGUUGACGACAUGUAUGAAGGAUGCAUAAAAGAAAUGGGCAAAAAGGUGAAGGAAUAUCUUCAUAUUGAAACCAAUACAGGAGGGAUCUUCAAACAAGCCUGGACGAAAGCAAUAAGAUGUGCCUCAAAUAAGACCAAUUCAGUCAACAAUAAACUACACAAACUUAGUUACAAUCACAUUAGAGCUAUCUGUGCUUACACAGGAGGUCAACAUAAGAUAUACCCAGUGUUCAACAAAGCAGUCCGGACCAGUAGAUAUGAGUACACAACCUCCUUCCAGUUCCACUCCCUGCAUUUCCUGCUGACUGACGCCAUUCGCAUCCUGAAACUAAAACAAAAUACCUGUCACACCACAUACCGGAGAACCAACAUGGAGUUUUCAGGUGAAGUGAACAAGGAAAUCAGAUUCGGCCUCUUUGCCUCCAGUUCUUUCCUAAAGAACUUGACACAUUUUGGAGAGAAGUCCUGCUUUGAGAUAAAGACAUGUUUUGGCGCUGACCUGAAGUCCUACCCAGAGAUGGGGAAUUAUGAAAAGGAGGUGUUGAUUCCACCGUAUGAAGUGUUCAAAGUUACUGCUGUGCUGAAGAAAGAAAAUGAUAAAAACCUUUGGUGCAAUGUUGUGUACAAACUAAAGAGUUUCAAAACACUGAGUAACCUGAAUUGCAAAAUUUUUAAAAAGACAACAAUUAAUUAAGAAAAUCUGUGUUGAUCUUGAGUCAUUGUCCCUAAAGACGAUUUAAAACUAACAGCUAUGCUGCUUAUCUUUCUAAAAGUAAAUGAAGCCAAACAACGUGUCUUCAGUGUCUAAAGCUUUCAUUGUAAUAAGUUAGUUGGUUUAUUGGUGGAUGUUACAUAAAGACCUCAUCCUGACUUCCAGAAAUAGUGAUUAUUAAGAUGUUUGUAUUAUAGUGUAUCAGACUCCAUAGGAGACUUUAAUGCACUUAUAUACCUUCUGCAGCUUGUGGCAAAAUGAAUAAAGAAAAUCAUUGAGCUUGA